AUUAACGUGAAUAAAAAGCAAUUGUAUCGUUACGUUUUCCUCUAGUUGUAAACAGUUAAUUGAUUAACAUUGAUAACAAUCAAGUUUAAGGUAAAUUGAAUUAAAGAAUAACAAAAUGAAAUUAUCAAUAGUUUUAAUUGUUGUGAUCACUUUGUCAACAGCUUAUGGAGCAACAAUUAAGAAGGAGGAAUUCAUUGAAUUGUGUCAUGCCGCAGGCCAACUUGUUCUCAAUGGAUUGUCCCCUGCGUCCAUUAACCAAGUGAUUAAACAGAAAUCCCAGUUAUCGAUUUUACAACGACCAGAGGAGAAACUUGGUUCGACUGAUGAACUUUACAAUGAACUUGGUUCUAAGAUUGUCGAGUCCAUAAUUAACCUUUUCGUUGAUGGUAUUGUAAGAAUGUUCAAAGAUUCAUACGUAACCCUGUCAAUGGUUCAGAGUGUUCUUCAUAUGAAGAACUCGUCCCUUUCCGCUUUCUGUAAUAAACUUCCGCUUCCAGAUUCAAUUGACACCGAGAAUCCAGUUACUACUCUUACCGCACUAGUUAAUUAUGUUAACAAUUUACCUCCAUUAAUCUCAUCAGUUGCUAAUCGACUCAAUAACCCUGAGAUCAGUGGUUAUCAAGGAGCAGCUAAAGCUUCAAAAUAUUAACCUAAAAGGAAUCUAAAAACAAGCAAAGUUACAAUUUGAUUCACAAUCAAAUCAAAUGAUCAAAUGAUGAUAACCUUAAAUGAACACAAUUAAAAACUGUUAAUGCUUCAAA